AUGGGAAGUGAAGUAAUAAAUCCGAUCAAACCACGGUUCGAUCUGAGCAUGUCGAGAAGGACCCGAAAACCAUGGUCGUCAAGUCUCGUCAACGAGCUGCAACACCAAGACGUGUCCACGGAAAGCUCAAAACCGGAGAAAGAACAAGAGCAAGACGAGGACCGAGAGAUUGAUCGUAAGAGUUUGAACAAUCUGAUGAGAAGCGAGCAAGAAUCAAAUGGAGAAGCUAAUGUUAACAACAAGAACUCUCUAGGUCAACAGUUCGGGGAAGAUGAAGGGAUCAAGCAGACAAUGCAACUGGUGGUCAAGAAGCAAGGUGGGGAGAAUGGUGCUAAAUUCAAAGGUAUGAUGGGUCGAUAUGUUAAGGUUUUGAGCGGUUUAAUGAAAGCCAAACGUGACCGCAAAACAUCGGCUUUGCGGUUUAAAACAUGACUUCGAAUGUAUUAUGUAUAUACGUACGUACAUGUGCCUAAUACGUAUAUUCAGUGUAGAAAUCUUUCCCGUACGUACGUAUUAUUGAUGUGCACACAUAUUGUUCGCAUAUUUGUUUUGACUUUUGAGAAUGUAAUCU